AUGGUGAAUCGAACACAUUUCGGACGAUUACUUUUACAGAAUAAAACGUACAUUGAUCGUGAGAUGGCUAAAAAUGUUUUGGAACGAUUUGCUCCACAACAUGCAGGACGUAUUAUUGAAAAUUUUGCUCCAUCGGAGAAAAUGGUGAAGGUGAUAGAAUCUUUUGAUGCGUUACCAACAGUCUCGAUCGAUGAAGCUGUGGAUCCACUUGUUUCAUUGAUUCCUGAUGUGAAAAAAAUGGUAGCAAAAGUACAAGAAAAAUGUAAAAGUCCCAAAGAUGGUCUAACAUCUGAUGAAUCAGCUUCAAUUAUGCUCUAUUCGUUAGAGUGGGAUCCAAGAGAGACUUCGUUCUACAUUAUUUUGAACAAUACUCUUCGAACUGAAGAUCAAGAACAACUAAAACCGUGGAAUCUUUAUUUGAAACUAUUCAUUUGUGCACUUGAAAAAUUACCGCCUGUUUCGAAGACCAUCUAUCGAGGCGUAAAAAUGGAUUUAAGUGCUCAAUAUCCGAAAGACAAAGUAUUUGUUUGGUGGGCAUUUUCUUCGUGUACAUCUUCCAUACAAGUACUUCAAUCUGAACAAUUUCUCGGCAAGACAGGAACAAGAACGUUGUUUAAUAUUGAUUGUAGUUCAGGGAAAGAUAUACGAGAGCAUUCGUUCUUUCCAACCGAAGAUGAAGUUUUACUUAUCGCUGCACGAAAAUUUCAAGUUGUGUCGUGUCUCGAUUCCGGUAAUGAACUUUUCAUCAUUCAGGUGAAAGAAGUCGAGACAGAUGAACCGCUUCUUGGACCUUCAAAAAAGAAAGAUAGUGCCACUCGUUCGGCACCCAGAUUACCAACGCACGAUCGAGAGGAGAAUACAUCCAAUACGCCGAAACAAGCACCACCGCGAUUUCCUGGCCCACCGCCAUCGAUUCCUCGACCGAAAAAUCCUUUUUCACAUUAA